ACACACACACACACACACAAAGAGAGCGAGGGAGAGACAGAACGAGGCGGCUAUCAGCUGCUCGCACAACCACGGCGACGACGCAGAUAGAAGGGAAAAGGGCGGGUGAGAGUGUGUGAGGCGGAGGUCUACACCCCCACCAGCACCACCACCACCACCCCCACCACCACCAGCACCCAGUCUGGCUGCUGGGAGCAGCUGAUCUGCACCGAUGGAUGCCAGCGUGCGGGCACACGGUGGUCAAGAGCUGCCCGAGGAGCCCAGUGGAGCACCCAGCUCAUGAGUUGGGCCCGUGCGCCGGCACCAUGCUGCCCCGUCACAUGCGAACAGGUGGAUUUGACCUGCCGGGGUCGGAGUCCAGCGAGGUGCCACUUGUUGCCUACCGACUUCUAGCACCGGACGGCGGGAGCGACAUCACCAGUGACACCAGUGACCCUCAGACUCUGCAGGUGGACUCGUCCCCCAUGAAGACGACUUGGUACUGUCCUCUGGAUCUGUCCACAGUGGUGGAAGAAGAAGAGGAUGGAGUCAUCUACACCGUGGUGAUCAAACAGCCGCCCGGCUCUCUUUCCAGUCCCACGUCGCCCGUGUCCCGUUGCCAGUGUGUGAAAGCGGGCACGGAAGAGAAGCUGGUGCUCCACCUCCUCCGUUCCUUUACGCUGGGAGACUCCUCUUUCAUCACCAUCUUCCUGGCCACCUAUCGCUCCUUCACCUCCACGGAGCGAGUGCUGGACAUCCUGAUUGACAGGUUGGAGCGCCCACCCGGCGACAGUUCCAGGUGCCACGCCAGAAAAGCCUUCAACAAAGCAGUGUGCACCGUUUUCAGCGCUUGGCUGUCCGAGUACCCUGAAGACUUCAAGGGUUUGAGGGAACCAUCGCGUCUUCUGCGACUGGCGCCGCUUCUCCCCCGGGACUCGUCGUCUGCAGCCGACCUCCGUGCUCGCCUCCUCAGGGUCGCCGAGGAACUUAGUGAGAAAGCCCUGCUGCCCAACGCCUGUAAAGACAUGAAGAUCUCCCGCAGCCCGAGCCCCGAUCCCUCCAAGUUUGAAGCCACCACCAUCCUGGGCUUCCCCUCGGCCAGCAUCGCAGAGCAGCUGACCCGCAUCGAGACGGAGCUGUUUGUGCGCCUGGUGCCAUACCACUGCUUGGGCUCGCUGUGGUCUCAGAGGGACAAGAAAGGCCGGGAGGGCGUGUGUUGGUCCGUGAGGGCCACCGUGCGCCAGUUCAACCGGCUGGCCAACGCCGUCCUGGCGUCCUGCUUGUGGCCCACCGGGCUGCGCAGUCAGCAGCGAGCUCGGCUGCUGGAGAAGUGGAUCAGCGUCGCUGAGGCGUGUCGAGCCAGGAAGAACUUCUCCUCACUGUACGCCAUCGUGUCAGCCCUGCAGAGUAACCCCAUCCACCGGCUGAGGAGGACCUGGCAGGACACCGACAGGGAGGCCACGAGGAGAUACGAGGAGCUGUCAGAGAUCUUCUCGGACAAGGACAACUACUCACAGAGCAGAGAACUCCUGAAGGAGGAGGGGACGUCCAAGUACGCCAACCUGGACAACCGACUCGGCGGCAAACAUCCGGUCAGGUCCGGCGCCCAGGGCACGGUGCCAUACCUGGGCAUCUUCCUCACCGACCUCACCAUGCUGGACACGGCGGUCAAAGACAGGCUGGAUAACGGCUACAUCAACUUUGACAAGCGGAGACGGGAAUUUGAGGUUUUAGCUCAGAUCCGCCUCCUGCAGUCCUCAUGUAAGAACUGCGUGUUCACGAAGGACCAGGCCUUCCUGCGUUGGUACCACAGCGUUCCCACGCUAACGGAGGAGCAAAGUUACAGGCUGUCCAAUGAGAUCGAAGCCCCCAACGAGGCGGGCCCUCGAGGCCCCACCCCCACCGUCAUCAUCACUCAGUGCCCCGAUUUGAGUUCCUCCAGGAGCAGCUUGAUGACCGAUGCCGACGGCUUCUUCGACUUCUCGUCUCCCGUCAACAACCUGCUCUCCAAACUCACCAAGCACAUGAGAUCUCCAUCUGUGUCGUGUUUGGAUGUGGACACGUCUCCUCCAAUCACCGACUCCUCCUCGGCCAAACUGGCUCCUUGCACACCGCCCAAAUCUCACCGCCGCUCCGCCUCCUGUGGCAACAACGCCGCCAACAGCGCGCAGGGCUCGGGACCCGACAUGCGCAUCAUCAGGAUCCGCAUGGACCUGCAAGACGGGAACUUGUACAGGAGCAUCCUGGUGACCAGCAAUGACAAGACGCCCGCCGCCGUCAGCUCCGCCCUGGAAAAACACAAUCAGGACCCCAAAGACGCUUCCACAUAUGAGCUGAUCCAACUCCUGCCUGAAGGAAAAGAGCUGGUCAUCCCCGCCACAGGAAACGUCUUCUACGCCAUGACGUCAUCCAGCGUGGACUUCCUGCUGAGAAGGAAAGACUCAAGCACACCCCUCGGCUCACCAUCCAUCAGCCAAUCAGAGACGAGCGCCACCUAUCCUCGCAUCAAAGCCAAGGGGAGGAGACUGGUCCGCACUCUCUUUUGAUCCCAGCGACUUAUACGACACUUGUGUUUAGCAAAUUGUGUUUUGUGUUAAUUGAAUCUAUUAUUUUUAUAUUUUUCAUCUGUGUCUUAUUGUAUUUAUUAGUAUUUUUUUUUCUUCAGUAGUCUUUCUCCACAGCUCCCACCAGAAUGUUUUUUUUUAAAUCAUAUUUUGGUUUUUAUUUGGCUUUUUUUCUUCUGCUCCCAAGUACUCCAAAUGACCCGAUCCACCAAAUUACCAGUAUUCUUCAUCCUGGUGUGCGAUGAUGUGAAUCUGAUGCUGGAGACAAAGUUUUCACACUCAAACAUUGAAACUUGUCAUAUAUAUACGUAUAUAUAUGUACGUAUAUACGUACGUAUAUAGUACAUAAAUAUUGUGUUUACGCUAGCAAGGAGUCCAAAAUAUCUCCCAUUUCACCAAGAAAAACACAUAAACUACCCGCUAAAUGUCCAGCGUCUUUCAUUAGCCGCAUUAGCGUAGCUUGCUAACAUGAGCAUUGUUUCAUCUUGACGUACGCAUACGUCAACGUACGCCUCUGCCAACGUUUGUACCCGCUGGAAUAUUUGAAGAAUCAAUUCAUGUUUGCUUUACAACCAAGAAAGGUUGAAAACGGCGAUGCUAACGUUAGCCGAACCAAACGACCUUGAGCGAACACUCAUCAACUCCUCAAACGCCAUUAGCCAUUUUGGCUAAUCGAACGCUUACAUCCCGUUUUUCCCAACUGUGUCAGGUUGUCGACUUCUCAAAAGCUUCAGUGAAGCGUUUCGUUUCAUUUCAAGGUCGUCAUGUCCCGUGACCUCUGCGUGUGCGCUAGUUGCUAAUGAAGCCUCCUGAUUGGCCAAGGCGUGAGCGUCACAACGCCAGAGAGAGGAUUGUGGCUCCUCAUGGAAAUAGUUGUAAUAAUAUUCGAGGACGGAUGCUUUUAGUGCCUUUUCUCCAUGGCUCCAUUACACUGUAAAUACAUCAAUCAUGGAAAAAUAUCAAAAUAUAUAUUUUUGCAGACACCAAUGUACUUUUGUACCACAUUUGAUCAGUCUUGGCUGAUGUCGUGCACAUAUUUGGAUGCAGCUAAACGUCUUAUUAAAAGAACCUGCCUCGCCUUCUUUGUUGUCCUCUUUGAAAAAUCAAACAGUGCAGUCAAAGUAUUAUUAAUAUUAUGAAUAAUAAUAAUGUCACUGUCCAAUGAAAGCAUAGACUUUACAAAUCUACAAAAAUAUCUCCAAAUGAAAGAAACACAAAGAGAAAAUAUACUCAAAAAAUAAAUCUAUUAUUUUUACAUUUUAUCAUUUCUUUUUAUCAAUCAUUUAUUUUUGCAUUGAAGAUAACAAACUUAACAUGAUAAAAUA